CCGAUCCCAUACCGUAUCACCUAGCUUCAUCUAUUCGUCGCACUCUUUUCACAGUCGGCGGACUCUACUUGAAAAUCUCACAAAAUGGAAGGCAAGCUUAGCAUCUGGAUUAAGGGCGGAAGCUUCAGUCAUUCCAGCGAUCUGUACAUGAAGGUCCUCAUCGAUGACAAGGAGGUCUGGAAGACUGACGAGAAAGAUGGCUCUUCACCGGAUUGGGAUUCCACAGUAGUCAAGCACAUCAAGGGAGAGUACGAGAAGAUUAUCCUCAAGCUCAUGGAUGAGGACACAUUUUCCCGUGAUGAUGUUAUCGGGACAGUGGAAUUCCCCAUCUGCGACACUGUCUCGGGCAUCAACGGAUCGUUCGAUGUCAAGGAUGCUGAGGACAAUUCCGUUGGUACUGUAGAUGUCAACAUCAACUUUGAAGAAGGUGAUGUUAGCAUGUUCGAUCUUCUCGGAUCCAUGCUUCACAAGGACGAUUAAGGUAUGUCCAAUAACACGCUGACCAGAGCUACGUCAGAAGCAGCAAGCGGCCGUCUGCAGCUGUAGGGUGAAUAAAAAAGGAGUUUCGCCCAGGCAGCCUAGGAGUCUGCGCCAUAAUGUGGUUACAAAUGUACUCGAAAUUCUGAAAGCCACCCUCGAUAUUCUAAAAACCGUAGCCCUGCGGCUGCGAAACUCGAAAU